AUGCUGUCACCGAAAAAGCACGAGAUGGACGCCACUCAGAUCCUCAACAACCUCCUGAAGGAGUACGAUAAGAAACUCCGCCCUGACAUCGGAGUUAAACCGACUGUCAUCGACGUCGAUAUCUUCGUUAACAGCAUCGGACCCGUCUCAUCAAUAAAUAUGGAGUAUCAGAUCGACAUCAUCUUCGCUCAGACGUGGACAGACAGUCGGCUCAGAUACAACAGCACCAUGAAAAUAUUAACGUUAAACAGUAAUAUGGUGGGACUGAUUUGGCUCCCAGACACAAUCUUCAGAAAUUCCAAGAACGCAGACUCACAUUGGAUUACAACACCCAAUCAGCUACUCAGGAUAUGGAAUGAUGGGAAAAUACUUUACACGCUCAGGCUCACUAUAAACGCUGAGUGUCAGCUGCAGCUCCAUAACUUCCCCAUGGAUGAACACUCCUGCCCACUCAUCUUCUCCAGCUAUGGAUACCCAAGAGAUGAAAUGAUCUACAAGUGGAGGAAGAACUCAGUGGAAGCGUCUGAUCAGAAAUCCUGGAGACUUUAUCAGUUUGACUUCAUGGGGCUGAGGAACACCACAGACGUCCUCAAGACCACGUCAGGUGACUACGUGGUGAUGACGGUUUAUUUUGACCUGAGCAGAAGGAUGGGCUACUUCACCAUCCAGACGUACAUCCCCUGCAUCCUGACCGUCGUCCUCUCCUGGGUCUCCUUCUGGAUUAAAAAAGACGCAACACCAGCCAGAACUGCUUUAGGAAUCACCACAGUGUUAACCAUGACCACGCUGAGCACAGUGGCCAGAACAUCGUUACCCAGAGUCUCAUACGUCACCGCCAUGGACCUCUUCGUGACCGUCUGUUUCCUCUUUGUCUUUGCGGCUCUCAUGGAGUAUGCAACACUCAACUAUUACUCGUACAGUGUUCGCAGGCCGAUCUGUAACAAGACGAAAAGACCGGUAAGGCCAUGUCUGGGAGCAGUGCCCACAGGUGAGUCCCUGGUGAUCAGGCCAACCACAUCAACCAUCAUCGCUCUGAACAACUCUAUGUACUGGCAGGAAUUUGAUGACGCCUGUCUAUACGAGUGCCUGGAUGGAAAAGACUGCCAGAGCUUCUUCUGCUGCUACGAGGAAUGCAAAGGAGGGGCCUGGAGAAAGGGCAGAGUCCACAUAGACAUCUUGGAACUGGACGCAUACUCGCGUGUCUUCUUUCCCACCUCUUUCUUGUUGUUUAAUGUCGUCUACUGGGUAGGCUACCUCUAUCUUUAG